UUCAAUCGAACGACAGCAAUCGACGCGUACACAAAGCGCGAAAAAUAUUUGAAAACUAAAAAAAUUAAUUCUAUUAAAAGUUAUUCAAAAACUGCUUCAACAUGGGCUGCAUAAAGGGCUUACUUAAUAUUCUAAUCUACCUAAUAAAUAUUGUGUUUUUGAUUGUUGGCAUAUUGCUAAUUGUGCUGGGCUCCAUAAUGAUAUCGAAUUUGACCUCACUGACUGCGGUUGACCAGCUGUCUAAUUCGAACAGUAUCCCUAUCUGUGUGUUGGUUCUGGGUGGGUUUAUCUUCAUCGUGUCUUUCUUUGGCUGCUGUGGUGUUUGGCGUCAGAGCCUUUGCCUAACUACAACGUAUGCCGCCAUGAUGUUUAUACUAUUUGUGCUGCAAUUGGUGAUGACCUGCUGGAUUGCUGUGAAUGGCAAAGAUUUCCUUAACGAUAUGAGCAAAUUGGUUACUAAUGUUUGGAAUGAGAACACACCUGCAAAUGACUAUCCAAUGGGCGCAUUGGAGCUCACAUUCGACUGCUGCGGCAAUACCAGCUACAAUAACUACCUUCAAAUGAAUCAACCUGUGCCCGGCACUUGCUGCGGCUUUUCGAAUCGCCAGCAGGCCUGCCCAGCUAGCAUUUACGAGUUCCGCGAGGGUUGCAACCAGAAAUUCACCGAUUUCUGGGAUGAUAAUAACGAUCUGAUCUUGUGGUCAGGCCUAGGUAUUUGCAUAUUUGAGCUGAUUGUCUUCAUCGUUGCCAGUCUGUUGGCCAAUUGUAUGCGAAACAAGAAUUCGAUAUGCGGUAUUUUGCUUAUCAUUUUUGGUUCGCUUAUGGUCUCGGAAAUUAAAGACUUUUCGAGCGUGGACCAAACAUUUACUGCAAAUAGUGUGGCUAUUAUCAUACUGGUGUUGGGCUGUCUUAUCUUUUUGGUCUCGUUUAUUGGAUGCUGCGGUGCCAUACGCGAAAAUGCUUUCGCACUUACAACGUACUCCAUCAUUAUGUUGGGCUUGUUUUUGUGCCAAAUCUCCUUGAUUAUAUAUGUGUGGAUCAAUCAUGUACAAAUACGGCAAUCUCUUGAUCAGAUGGUGCAAACCAUUUGGGAUCAGAGAAAAUCUGAUGGCCUCUUAAUGGAUACUCUCCAGAAAUCUCUGAAAUGCUGUGGGCUGUUUAAGUUCUCCGAUUAUGGCUCUGUAUACCCCGCCUCUUGCUGUGACUCCCCCACAAAUGGAUCUUGCAGUUUAACUUCAGUUAUGUUUAAGCCAGGCUGCAAGUCGGCAGUUGAUUCGCUAUGGGACACAAAUGCCAACAUUAUUAAAUAUGCUGGACUGGGAAGCCAACAAUUAAGCAAAAUGGAUUGUGGAACGUCCACGGUUAAAUAUAUACUCUACAUAUUCAAUACCAUUGUGUCGCUUAUUGGCAUUAUGGGUAUUGUGUUUGGAGUGCUCAUACUGCAGAGCGUUGGCACCAUUGAGGUCAAUGGACAGACCGGGUUCCCACCCCAGGCAGCGUUGCCCAUUUUAAUGAUCACUCUCUGUUCGGUUGUGGUCUUCAUCUCGUUCCUGGGCUGUUGCGGUGCCAUUCGCGAAUCUGUGUGUAUGAUGAUGAGUUAUGCCGUCUGUCUGUUGGUCCUGCUCAUCCUGCAGCUGGCAAUUAUUGUGCUGCUGUUCACCAACAAAGAAAAGUUUGAUGUCGCCAUGGGUGAAGUGAUUGACAAGGUCUGGGCUUCGCCUGAAGCACGUGAGGCCGGUGUAUUCGAUGCCAUUCAGAAAUCGCUGCAUUGCUGCGGCAGCAGUGGCGCUUCGGAUUAUGUUUCUUUAAGCUUCUUAAACGAUGGACUCCCUUCUAGCUGCUGUGAUGGCUCUUGCGCUAACCCACUGAACAUCUAUGGCGGUUGCCGUUCCAAAUUUGUUGAUUUUAUGUCCGGCAGCUCCGAGAAGGCUAAAUAUGUCGGUCUGGGUCUCAUUGUGGUUGAGCUGGUUGGCUUCAUCUUUGCCUGUUGCUUGGCAAACAAUGUGCGCAACUACAAGCGCCGCAAUGGCUACUAAAUCAAACAUUUAAACACCAACACAACCAUAUACACACACAUACAUUCUCAUUAACACAAUAAUAUGUAUUGCCGUAGAACGCACACGCAGUAAAAGAACACAAAACAAAUGAGUAAUAUUGGAAAUAUAUUCGAUGUAAACCAUUUGGUUACAAAAAUACUUA